GUUUGUGUAAUUUUUUCCUUUUUCAUAAGAAAGCCCGACUUAAGGGCCCAAAAGCUUUGAUUCGUAAUCAACCAUUGGGUCCAUUCCCUCUGCUAGCCCAAUACAAAUCCCUAAAUCAUUCCCUAUAUCAACCCUCCAUAGCCAAAACCGCCAACGAAACUUCCAACUUACGCCAUCUUCAACCAAAAGCAUAAACAAUGAUGGCGGCGCCGGCACCAGUGGAAUCCGUGCAAUGUUUCGGCCGCAAAAAAACCGCCGUAGCAGUAACACACUGCAAGCGGGGCCGCGGCUUAAUCAAAAUCAACGGCGUUCCAAUCGAGCUCGUCCAACCAGAAAUCCUCCGUUACAAAGCCUUCGAACCAAUUCUCCUUCUGGGACGCCACCGUUUCGCCGGAGUCGACAUGCGUAUCCGGGUCAAAGGAGGAGGACACACUUCGCAGAUCUACGCUAUUCGUCAGUCGAUUGCGAAGGCGCUUGUUGCAUUUUACCAGAAGUAUGUUGAUGAACAAAGUAAGAAAGAGGUUAAGGAUAUUUUCAUCAGGUAUGACAGGACUUUGCUUGUUGCUGAUCCGAGAAGAUGCGAGCCGAAGAAGUUUGGUGGUCGUGGUGCUCGUUCUAGGUUCCAGAAAUCUUAUCGUUGAAUACGGUUUUUCGAUUUUUGUGGUAUCUGUAUGCUCUGAGUUUAGGGAUUAUUAUCGAUUUACUACAGCUAUAUUAUUACUUUAUGGAUUUUUGAUGAACUUUAAUGAAGUUUUUUCUACAUUUGAAA